GAACUUCAACUAUGUCUGCAAAUAAUUCAACAAUCGAGACCUUAAAAAUAAAACUAAGAUCUGCAACCAAGCAGAAGCUAACCAAUGAACGAGAAGCAUACAAACUUCGGAAUAUAGAUCGUUGUUUAACCGAAGAUAUAGCGAUGACCAAGAAUGAAAUUGAACACCAACAAGACCAAUUACGGGAUAUUCAAGAGCAGAUUUCACAGGCUUUCCACCAAAUAACUAUGGUGGAUAUUUGUAAAUCGUCUGAAAGGGUGAAAAUAGAAGCUCAUGUAAACGGCCUGUUUAAACAUAAAGAAGGAUUUGAUGUUUUGUUUAAUAAAGAGAAAGAAAAAGCGGAACUUCAAUCCAAAGAGUUGCGAGACAAGGAGGCGGAAUACAAAGAGCUGGCAACACAGAAGCAGCUGCAGCUGCAACAGAAGAACGAGGAGUUGCUGCGUGAGGCCACGGCUGUGGAGGCGGAGGCUGACGGUCUGGAGCAAGAGUGCGCCGUGCUCAAGAAAAGAAAUGCUGCGAUUAUGCUGAAACUAAGACGCAAAUUAGUAGAAACUGAAGAUAUCAGACGUGAUCUAAUGAAGAGAAAGGCGGAAGCAGAUUCUUGCCCUAAAGACAUCGUGUGAUAUAAGUAUUAUAAAUGUAGAACUACAUACUUAAGUACUAUACUUACUAAAGUUUCUGCCAAACAAAUAAAAACACGUUGUAUUACACACAUGGCUCAUACUUUAUUUAAAAUAAUAAAUACUUACCUAACUUAUUAAUUAUGUAACUGCUUGUCAACACAAACAUAUAGAGCAAAAUGAACACCUAUUAAACAAAUAAAGUAACUGAAUGUAAUAUUAUCUUCAAAAUCAUUAGUAGGUAAGUAUAAGUAUAUAUAAUCACGAAAGAUGACCAAAAAUUGGGACAGGAUAUUAAAUAUAUUUAUGAUAGUGAAUCGAAAGCUCAUCAGACUAUCACGCCAUCCCGAAGCCGA